UUUGCGGCAUCUAGUCUCAUAUUAUGUCUGUGAUGUAACUGUUUCAGCCGGCACCUCACAGAUGUUCUACCGGGUGCUCUGCAUCACGCUGCUGGCGCUGGGCUGCACGUUCACGCUGAUCCUGACCAAUGUGUUCGUGGACAUAGACCUGCUGCUGGCCAGCAAGGAUAACUGUGAGUUAUUUUAUAUCGAGUUAGUAAGCUUAAGUGGCACUAAAACAGAGCCAGCGCCAACCAAAAUCGAGAAUUUUGUUGAGAAUAAAGAAAUACAAGUAGUCGAGAACAAACAGGAGCCAGCCGAGUAUGAGGGAGACAGCAGCAGUGGAGCUGAUGAGGAAGAGAGAUGGAGAAACAAACGAUCUAUAGAAUCAGUCAGUAAAGAUAAAAAUAAUCCAAGACAAGCGAAAUUGUUGGAAACAAUAGAAAAUAAACGAAUCAAAAGACACAUAAAACUACGAUACUCUAAUAAUGAAAACAACGAUGGAGAACAAUACAAAGAAAAGAAACACAAUAAGAAAAAAAGGUUAGAUGACGAUGAAUUGUACGUAGAAAUCAAAACACAUUUCAGUGGCAAACGGUUUGAUAGCGCGAAGAAAAAAAAGCUUAUUGCAAUGUUGAUCGACAAAAUAGAACAAGCGCUACAUAGUGACCUGGAAAAUGAUGAUCUGAAUAUUCAGAACCAACAGUCCAAAACAUCCAAUCCCUGGAAUGUUAAAAAACGAGUUCAAAAUACACUAGAAGCAUUACAUGAAGUCCCACAUAAAUCAAGAUUGUUAGAUACCAUAAACCAAAUCGAUGAUCUAGAAAGUAUACCAAUGCAAAUACCCGACGUAAAUAUUAUGAAAGAAGGUGAAACGGAUGUACAAGAAAACACUAUUAACCAGUAUACAUACGUGCCAGAAAGAUACUUAGCACCUUUGACUACUACUGAUCGAGAUUUUUUUGUAACAAACGCACUUUUUGAGUUGCGAAAUAAAUUGAUGAAAAAUUUGGCAGAGGCAGCGGUAUCUGUAGGUCUUGGAAAUGAAGAUGGGCCGGAUAUUAAGCGACUAAAAACAAUAAACGCUGUAAAUAAUUUGAUCAGAACAUAUCAUGAAAGAUCAUUCAGGCAGCGCUUAGAGAGCAAUGAUUUUCUUAACCACGAAAUAAAUCAAUUUAGUAAUUACAAUGACAACCACAUUUCUAAAAGAGAUGUACAGAACAAUAAGAAUAUUGAUAUUUUCAGCUUGAUUAAAAGUAACAUCAUUAGAAGAAAAAUAAUCCCGAAAUGGGAUGUUAAAGUGUUGCUACCAAAACAACGUAGAGAUGGCAAAGAGCGCCUGUUUAGUCGGGACAUAUUGACUAAAUCCUACAAACCAGCCGAUUUAUUUACGCUUGCAAGUUUAUUAGAUCGAGCCAAACGAUCAGCCCCGAAAAGACUACAUAAAAAGACCAAAAAUACUAUAAGUAACAACCCACGAUCACAUAGAUAUUUUGUAAAGACUUACGAUGAGUUUGAGGACUUUUCUCAAGAAAUGAAAAGAAAUAAACGUAACAUUAUGCACUUAGGUAGUGAACAAGAUAAACCUGAUGAAGACGAUAUAUUUAUGGAUUUUGACCAAAACAGAGCUAAUGGAAAUACAAAUGACCUGAUAAAAAACUUUUAUAAUGUUGGCGAUAGUCAAGUUGAUUCACGUUUCUCAAUGCCAUUUUCUCAAGAUAUCAUUAUAAAAGCUAGACAGAAUGGGAUUAUGUCUCAAUAUCCACAUACAUUUUUUCAAGCCCAAUCUAGGCAUGAAGGUUAUGUUCCAGAAAAAUUUCCUACAAUUGAGGUACCAGAAUCGACGUUUGCAACAACAACAGAUAAUUCUCUAAAAUAUCUGCCAAGCGAAGUAAAGGAGCUUAUAAAAGCUGUGGAAAAUCCACCUGAUUUAAAUAUUAGAGUGAGCCUGAAAUCCAGUGACCCUAAUAUGACCCGACACACAGAAGUGCACAGCCUUGGUGAAAAAAGUGAGCAUAAUGGUUUAAGUAUCAGCAACAAUUUUAAUGUAUCUCAAAUAUCAUCCAUAAAUCAUAAUCUCAACGAGCCUCAUCCAAAUAAUUUUAGACCUAACACUAAAACACAAACGGGUGCCAACCCAAUUAAAAAUGAGACAGAAAUAAUAAGAUCACAAUUAUUAACAAAAUUUGAUAUAGAGCGUAUGAAAAUUUAUCAGCUCUUACUCCGAGCAAAGGGAAAACAAACGAAUGUCACCAAAAAUCAAAAUGAUUCGCCAUAUAAGGAAUAUAAAACACGAAACUACAACGGAAAGGAUAAAACAAAAUGACAGCAUCAACAUAAGCUUACCAUUGAAUUCAACGACGAAAAUACUACAAUAACCAAAUAAGUUUCGAAAAUUGUAUCAUCAGUGCUCAAUGUUUUGAAAGAAGUACCAGAUAUCGUGAAUUCACACGUGAAAACAAUCAAACUAAAUGAUAAAAUAUGAGUAUAAUACGCCAAGUCCG